AUGAAUAUCAAUGUGAGAAUCUUGAAACUUCGUAAACAAGUGCUUGACCAGCAGAUUGGAAGACCAAGUUCAUGUCAAUCCAUCGGUGAUGUCUGUAGAUUCAGAAUUUCAGGCACGUUUCCUCACCCAAAUCCACAACGAUGCGAUCUUUAUGUUCAAUGCUUUUUAUUUCAAAGCAUAGAACAACAGUGUCCGCCCGGUACAAUAUUUCCACCAAAUGAGAGUCAGUGUGUGCCUGGGGAUCGGGAUACAUGUACAGUAUUUCCACCACAGACUACCACUUCCUCUCCUUUGACUACAACACAACAGCAAACAACAAUAAAUCCAAAUAUUUGUGAAACGAUUCAGGGAGGAACGGGUGUAGUGGAAAUUCCUGGUGAUUGUACAAGAUAUCUCUUGUGCAUCCUUGGUGAAGGAACUUUUAUCAACUGUGCUAACACUGAAGUCUUUUAUCCUACGGAAGGUCGUUGCGUUCCCGGUAAUCCUCUCACGUGUGAGGUAUUUACAACAACAACAACUACAACAAUGACUACUUUACCUCCUCCGACAACAAUAACAACAACAUCAAUUCCGACCACUUCAACGACUUUACCCACAACGGUUUCCUCAUCAACUCCGUUGUCGCCGCCAAUAGGAAAUGUCUGUUCAGGAAAUAAUUUCCGGUUUGUAGCAAACCCAGAUGUGUGCUGGAGAUACUACUUCUGCUUGUAUGGAAUACCACAGCCAAGAGAAUGCGUUCGAGGUUAUAUUUUUAUUGAGAUGCUCCAAAGUUGCGUACCUGGAAAUAGAAGUACAUGCAAGCCAUUUAUAAUGAGAUUAAGUGAAAAUGUACAGCUCUUGAAUUUUUCAAACCGAUUUUAAUUUUAUUAGUACCCUGUGUGUAUUUACAAUUUUUUUUCUAUGUUCUUUUCGUUCAUUAAUCAUGCCUCUUUCGACUCUCUUCUUCCAUCAUGUCUUGUUGUCUUUAUUUUGUAAUUUUUUUUCAUACUUUCUUUCUUUCUAUCUCCCUUUUUUUUUAUUUAUUUCUUCGUCUAACGUUGAGCAAAAAUAAUGAAAGAGAGAUGUAGGAAUCUACAGUGUUUGAAUUAUUAAAAUGAGCUUUCUUGAUUCAAAAAAUGUUUGUCGAUUUAUUUUUGUACAAUUCUAAAAUAAAUUCCGUUGUUUCGUACUUCUUACUUCUUAAUAAUUUUUUUUUGUCAUGAGUUAUGUUUCUUAUAGGGGUCGUUUAUAAAUGAUGUUUUGAAAUCAAGUAGAUUUUUAUAAAUCAUUUCUGUAGCAUUGAUCUGAUUUAAUAUCUUUAAUUCUCGGCAUAAUAAGUAAACGACCCUUAUUCCUAUCAACCAAUUGCUUAAAAAUCUUUAUAAGAAAAUAUUUUGAGGUGUAACAAUUCUAUAAGUCUAUAAACUUAAUUAU